AUGAGUAACACAGCCUUAUCAUCAUCUUACACACACUCAACAUGGAUCAGAAACUUACUUCACGAAAACAACGAUCUCAUAGUCCAUUGCAAAUCCAAGGACCAAGAUAUGGGAUACUAUAGGGUGCAUCCAACAGGAUCAUACAAUUUACUUGUCGAUGCUGAGUACGGUGAGUUGUUUUGGUGUCAUCUAUGGCAAGGACCUAGCUUCAAGCAUCACCAAGUGUUUCGUGUUCGCGAUGGGAACGUAUGGGAAGCUAGAGAAGAUGGUAUCUACUUGUCGGGGAUACAAAGUUUUGAACAUCUUGGUCAGCCUGUGUUCGUGUAUGGUUGGGAUGUUCCUUUGAACUUGUCAAGAGCUUCCUCGUUUGGAUUCUUCUGGUUUGGAUCGAACAACACAAACCUAGAAUAA